UUGUUUUGAAAUCGUUUUGCGUUGCGGAAAUUCAAUUCGGUGCGCGCUUAUUUUCCGGCAAAUUAAUCGGUUCGGUCUGUGUUUUUCGUGUAAAUUCCUAAUUAAUCGAGUGCGGUAAUCAUCAUGUCGGCAUCGUACGGUGGUGGUGAUGCUGCUGCUGCUGCAGUCAGCAGUGCCGACAGUUUCGGUUUCAACGCGAUGAAGAUAUUCGAGGUGGCACGGGACUGUUUGCCGGAUGAUCGGAAGCGAACGCAGAAUCUGGUGGAAACGAAGGACGAUGUGCUGUUUGUGUGGAAUUCGAAGAACUGCUGCGUGUUGACGUUGAACUGGCGGGCGGCCAGUGUAAAGAAGGACGAGCAGCAAAAGUAUCAGACGCUAAUUCCAUCGGCACCGCAAAACUUUACCGUGGAGAAAAUCCUGCCAUCGACGGAGGGCACCUUCCUGGCACUUAGCGGCCCUCGAGGACUUUCGAUCCUGGAGCUGCCCCGCCGCUGGGGACCAAACGGACAGUACCAGAACGGGAAGGAGUGCAUCAUUUGCCGCUCAUACAACCUGGACGAACACCUAUUCACCGAGAAUCCUAAUCUUGAGAUCCUGCAAAUCCGCUGGCAUCCAGCAUCACCGACUGAUUCCCACAUUUUGGCUCUUCUGUCGGACAACUCGAUCCGCGUCUACGAUGUGGACUCGCUACGGCAUGUGUGGCGUGUGGGUCCUACGCCAGGGCUCGUUAACGGUGGCCACCCUGUCACCACAUCUUUGCCAUCGCCAUCACCAUCACCAGCAGGAGCAGCACCAGGUCACGUCACAUCCGCAAAGCUGGCCUAUCUGAGCAGCCUCGGCGACACGGCCGUUGAUUUUGACAUUGCACCGCCACGUGUGGUUUCGUCGGCGACAACAGUCAACGGUGGCAGCGAUGACACGAUGACUAAGACGACGACGAUUGGGCUCUCCAGCCGGACGACGAUGGUCAGUGCCAUGAUGCGGGACAGUCUGAGCAUUUCUUCGCCAGUGACAACGGACUCGUUUGUAAAAUCUCAAAAGUCGGACAACGGUAAAGUCGAGUGGCCCAUUGUAAUCCUUCGCGGUGAUGGGAAUGUCUAUAUUCUAUGUGCUGGCAUCGAUACCGAUCGCCCAAAAUUGCAGGGUCCCAUAUCGAUCCUACCACAAGUAGAAGACAACUAUGGGUUGGACUCUUGCUCCCUGGUGGUCAUACCCUCGCUACCACCCACAAUCAUUAUCGCCGAAAGCAGUGGCAAAACCCAUCACGCCCUGCUCCUGGAGGAAGAAUUCCCAUCCCACAGGUCGUUCAGCGAACUGGAUUCCAGUCUGGUCAUCUAUCCCUCGGAAUGGUAUCUCCAAGUAUUGGAAACGGUGGAACUGGAGCUUGGUCUCACCGGAGUUGACGAAAGCAAGACCUAUACCUGCCCGAUUCACUUGAAGCGUGAUCCUCUCAACGAAUCUCGAUACUUUGCCUAUCACAACGCUGGUCUACACGCGAUCACUCUGGAUUUUACCCGCCAGCUGAUGCAAUUCGUUGAGAGCGAAGAGGACACCAGUGAUCGCUACCCGCUGUUCACCUCCCAGAGUCGCGCCGAGUAUGUUGUCUGCACCAAAGCCCUACAGAACAUGAGUUCCAACGCCGUUCUGGGAUUCGCGUUGUUGCAAUCUCCGUCUGGAUUCUUGUUACAGCUGGCCUCCGGUCAAGUCGUAACUCUGGAUCUGAUCAGCGAUCACAACCUGAUCCGCGACUGGAAAGUCAAGUCCGGAUCGAAAUCGUCAACCGGUACGGAAUCCCCGCUGAAGAAACUGCUCAAGGACCCCUUCCAGGACCGGAUUCAAUCGAUCCUAAAAUCCGGCACAACGCAGCCCAUCUUAAAACUGGAUAAAUCUUCGGAACCCACACCGCAGGAAUCGUUCGAACUGUUGACCCAGGCCACAAGGAUGCUGCGGGAGCAUUACUUCGUCAAACACGAAAAGGCACGCCAGGAGAUCGAGAGGCGAGUGCACGUGUUGCGACUGCUCAAGGAGCAACAGCUGAACGAAAUCGCUCAGCUUCAGGAGGAGAAGCAGCAGAUUCGCGAGACGGCGGAAAGAUUGGCCGAGAACUACGAGGACAUUUGCGACAAACAGAAUGCUUUGUUCAAAAGGGCCCAAGAGGUGGUUCGACUGGCAACCCUUCGCCUGCCGAAGGGUUCCUUUUCCGAGAAAAAGUACGCGGAAAUGAUCGAAAAGAUCGGCAACGCUACCAAGCAGCUGCAGAGGAACAUCGACCAGGCCCGGCAGAAGAUCACCGCCCAGCAGGUGCAGGUCGAGCAAAAGCAGAAGGCGUACAACGAACGGAUUGUAGUGUUGCCGAAAAAGCAGGAGGUGAUCAUCCAGCAAAUCAUCGGCGAAAUGUACACACAAAUCGACGGCUACGUUAAGGACAUCAAGAAGAUCAACAACAUGUUGAAUUUGGCUUAAACGGAAUCAUAUGCAUUUCUCAUACCGACGGCUAGAGCAGAGAAUGUCUCUUAUUACUUUUCAAUUGAUUCGAGGUAGGUAAGUUGUCAUUCUACAUUACUAUGCUGAACCUAUCAACAGGAAUCCGAUUGAAAAUUUUUGAACACAAAUUAGUAACUACAAGAGUUAAUAUAAGACGCAAUAUUCUUAAAAGCAAAUUUGUUACAUGGAACAAAUGAGCGAAUACCGGCGGAUUUAGUUCGUUAUUUGAAUAUCGUAUGUAUAAGACCCUUAGUGUUAAUGCUUUCAAUGUUUUACUGAACCAAGGCUCCAAACAUGAUAAAUAAAAGGAAUAAAAUGUU